AUGAAACGAUUCGGAGCGCAUUUAAUGGUAAUUCUGGAGUCUCUCUUGUUGGAAACGUUUUGCUGGAAAUUUGGAAUUUUUGAAAACUCCAAAGCCACGGACCGGUAUUCCAGAAAAAUCACUUUAAUUGGGUUAUUCAGGCUGUGAAAAAAAUGAUUGUUUUCCGUUUUUUUUCGUUUUUUUACGUCAAAAAAUCCAACUCAGCGAUGUAAAAAAACGAAAAAAAACGGAAAACAAACAUACGCUGAAUAGCCCCAUAAUUAUUCAUUCAAGACGCUAUAUCUCAGCAGCCGUUGGAGAUUUCAAAAAUUUGUCAACUGGCAAAAUGUACAGAAUGUCUUACUGAACAUUUCAUCAGUUGAUCACUUUUUUAUAUCUAUACAGACAGUUGAGAUAUAUCGGUUUUAAUGCGGGACUGUAUUCGCAUGCCAUUCAAUUACAUUGUCUACAAAAUCUAGAAAGCUAUUAGAGCCCGUUUUGCAAAAAGAUGACACGGUCUCCAGAGCUGACAAUGAGCGCAAGUGCGCCCCGUCCAAUAGAGCGAUACAUUGGCGCGAAAUUCAAAUUUUAACAGCAAAAUUAGUGUUUUUUGCCAGAUUAGCCACGAAAAACCGAUAAUUUCUGAUUUGUCUCUCGCUAGACCGAUUGUAUAGGCUAUUACGAAUUUUUUAAGCGCAAGAGCGUUAAAUUUGGUCAAGUCGCAAAUCACAUUUAUCCGUUUGAAGGUUUUUGGCUAAAACUGCGUGAAUUUCAGUUGCUUUUCGGUAAUUUUCGCGGUUCGAGCGCUCAAAAUGCUCGUAUUUACGUGAUUUAUCAUUCUCAAAACCAAUUCCGUCUGAAAACGGUCAAGAAAGCGCAAAAUGAGAAGUGCGGUUUUUAGGCGGUGAAGUCCGCGAAAAAUGCGCCAAAACGUCAUUAAUUCUGUGAGAAUUAGUGUGUUUUCAUGUCGAACAAUCAUUUUUCAUCGCCUUUGACGACAAAAAUUAGAGAAAACCUGCUCAAUUCAUGAAACGGCCAUUUGGCCGAAGCCACGCCCAUAUUGUCAGCUCUGGAGACCGUGAUGAAAAGAUCGGGUCUGUCUCGAAAUGUAACCUUCUUCUCACAGCUAUUCGCCCUCCUCCUCUUCGUGCCACACUUGACCGCUCAACGCUCAUUCGCCGACUACUACAAACAGUAUCCGUUCCAACUCGACCACAGCGCCAUCAAAAUCUGUUUUCUGCUCGACGGAGAGAUUCAGGAAGUGGUGCCGGGCAACGAUAACAAAGGACACAAGUGCACGAUCAAAUCGAACAUUUGGACAAAGGACGACAAGCACGCGAUGGAGUACUGCUACAGUCGCAUUCCGCAUCACAUCAUCGAGGCGAAGAGCGAGAACGUCGGCGGACAACUGAUCACCAAAUGCACUUUUCGUGAGUUUGAGCCAUUCACUACUCGGACGUCUUUGUGCAAUUGCAGAAGUGAACGUCAUGUGCCCGCCGAGCUACUAUCAAAUUCUCGGCCGAUGCUAUAAAGUCUAUCCGGGACGGUUCUCGUACGCGUCGGCGAAAAAGUAUUGCGAAGAUUUGAGCGUGAAAAAGGGCUCAAACGCGCGGCUCGCCGAGUACUAUUCCGACAAUUUGCGUGUCGACCUGAGCCAGCUGAGUCUCGACAGUGUUUGGGUGAACGUGCCGCACCUCGACACGCUCUACGCGAACGGAAAAGGGAAGACGGCGGCGGUGUACGUGCUCGACACGGCGUUUCAGUACGAUUUGAAGCCCGGCACGAUAAUGAUGGACGACGAGCGCAGCAAUCAUGACGCGUUGUGCGAGCACACGCCGCCCAUGACGAUGGCCGAGAUGUACUUGUUGGCCGAGCGCUACAACGAGAUUUAUCCGAUCCACGUCACCGAGACGGGCGCCAGCUUUGCCACGUCGAGCUACAUGACGUGAGUCGCCAACAGCCAAAAUGCUAAAUUGAGCGCCGCGUCAAAACGGAGUGUCGUUGAAAACAAAAGCAACAACUGAAAUUUCUGGAUUUUUUUUCCGAAAACCCGAAAUUUUGUCUGAAAAUGAGAAAACUGAAGUAAAACAGACGAUUUCCGAAUUGUUAAUGACAGAUGUGACCUUAAAUUAGCGUUUUGCCCACAAGAAAGCGCGCAUUAUUGCACUUUUCUGUGAAUUUCAGUCCGGCGCCUCAAAAACUGAAAUUUCUCUGUCAUUUUUGCAUUUUAUGCGCCGCUUCUUGGCUCAAAAUGACCGCAUUUGUCUGCUGAACAAUCUUGAGGCAACUGUUUUUUGAUUCUGCCAACUGUUUUCUCAAAACUUCCGAAAGUUUGCGUUUUUUCAUGACAAAUUUAAAAAACGAAAUUACUCUUCGAAUUUUCACUUUUACACGAGCACUCUGUGUGAUCAUUUUGUAGCUAUCGGUCAUAUGAACAAACGUGAGGCAAAAGUGUUGAAGGAAAACUGUGCAUAAUCCCAAAAACUCGGGAAAACAGUGUUUUCAGUUGAAAAACCGUCUUCCGUAAAUCCACACUGAGAGCCGCACGCAAAAAAGCGCGCGCGAAAUUUUUUUUUCGCCGAAGGGGAGACUGUGCUGUGCUCUUUUUAUCGAUUGAUCUUUUCAGUAUCACACAGGAAGGUCUCAACGAGACGAAUCAGGGGGCGUUUGUGCCGAAGUUUAACACGCAGGCGAUUCGCGACGUUUGCAUGUCGAUCGGAAACGUGAUCAACGUCAAGAGCUACCCGUUGGUUUCGAUCGAGGAGGAGUGGGAGCAAGAACGAGUGAACGGCCUUCGAAAUCAUCGAUUCCACCUGACGAGCGCCUUCAAGAAUGAGUAAGCGAGCGGCGCUUUUGGGCACGCACGCAAUGUUGUGCCUCAUUCAGCGGAUGCAAUCAUUUGGAGUACAAGGACUGGGACUCGAUCACCGAGACACAGGUGCCGGUGUAUCAGAUGAAGAGCCAGGCGGACUUGCACGACAAGGAUCACUGCAACGCGCACAGUUUCAGUUUCCACGUGUGAGUCGCGAGUUUGAGGUGGAGUUUGAGCUUUGCAUUUCUCUCUUUUCAGAGAGGCCCGAUUGCCGACGAUGGCCGCGAUGCGUGCUCCGGCUCUUUGCACACUUCGUCAGUGUUUAGUUCACUUUUCGCAUCAUUCGUUCAAAUUCAGAUUCGUUCUCCUUUGGAUACGCGCCGUGUCCGGUGAAUGCCGGCUUCGAGCUGGUCGAAUUUGACCGAGGAAACGGCACAAAGUUUUGUCAUUACGUGAGUCGCCGACCAGAGUUGAGCGGAAGAACUCACGGAAAAUUUUUUUAUCUUUUUUAGAAAAUUGUUUCAUGAAAUGUGAUCAACUGACGAAAUGUAUAGCAAAGUGAACUGUGCUCAUAGAAAAAUAAUUGUGAAUUUAGCUUUUGAUACAAAAAAGUUAUUCGAGUUGUUCCGUGAAAAAAGGAGGGCUAACGGAAGACGGAACGAAUAACUUUUUUGUAUGAAAAGUUAAAUUUACAAUUAUUUUUCUAUGAGCACAGCUCACUUUGCUAUACAUUUCGUCAGUUGAUCACAUUCCAUUAAAAAAAUUUCUAAAAAAGAUUAAAAAAUUCUUUCGUUGAGUUCUUCCGCUCAACACCCAAACAAGUUGGCAAGUGUGUUUCAGAUUGAAAACGAUCAUCCGGUGCGGUAUGAAGAGGCAAAGGUGAAGUGCAGCGAGAUCAAGUCGGGUUUGAGCGGUUUCGAAAGUCCGGCAGAGUUUAGCGCGGUUGCGAAGCGAAUUGCGCCGAAGACGAAUCAAUUUGACCAGCACUAUUGGCUGGGAGGCGAUAUUCCGUGCAAAGUGGACUGUCGGCAAGGAUACGUGGCCAGUUGGACGUUUGGAGUGUCGAGAAACACUUCGUUCCUCAACAACUAUAAUCAUCUCGGCUAUGAAUGGACAGACCAAAAGAAUUUCGAUACGAUUUCGUUCCGUAAAGACGUGAAUGCGUUCCAUUCUCAGUGAGUUGGUUGCAAAUCUAGAAGGCUCUGCAAAUUUCUAACCCCCCUAUACUUGUGUUCACGCAACGUGUAUUGUAUUACAGCCAUCACAAUGACUACGCAAAAAUGAAUUUUGUUUGUGGCCGUUAUCCGGAGAUGGUCACCGUGAAGAACGACAUUAAGACGGUGAAGAACACGAGUUGA